CGGGAAGAUUCAUAUCAAUCCAUAGUCUCCUGUGCUGCUGUAGUACUGACACCUAGAGAACUACCUGGGGAAGUAAAGAAAAAAGAAGAGCCAAAAAUGCCUGAAGUGGCCAAACGGAAUCUCUCUCUGAAAUUGUCAAAGGAGGUGGACCAAGGAGAAAUUAGGUAUCCUCGAGUCAGCCAAGUGGCCAGCAGCCCCUCCGUGGACUGGACUUUUGCAGGCUUGGAAGAAGGUGGAAGCAUGGAGUCUUUGCCCUUCAGACUGAUGAUGCAGGAUUGCACAGCUGUGAAGACGUUACUGCUGAAAAUGAAGAGGGUUCUUCAGGAGAGUACAGAUAUGAGUCCUGCCAGUAGUACUGCUUCACUUCCUGUUAGCCCACUUACUGAAGAGCCAGUGCCUUUCAAGGAUAUAAUGAAAGAUGAAUGUUCAGUGCUGAAGUUGCAGCUGAAGGAGAGAGAUGAACUCAUUUCCCAACUACGCGAGGAUCUGGAGAAGGCUCAACAUUUGCAGAAGACUCUCGCUUCCCAAGCAGAUAAAUCCACACAGACUGAACUUGUAGGCCAUGAUGCCCCGUGGAAUUCUCCAUGUACUGCCGGCUCAGUAUACAAACCAAUCAGCAUCUCAUUGGUUACAAAAUUAUUAAAUUAAAAACAGCAUCUGGACACUCUGCACUUACGGAUUUUAUUAAAUAUUAAUGAAUAUAAAAUGAGCUUCAUUUUACCAGUACUUCCCAUGUUUACCUAACUUGUCAAAAUACUACUGUUUCAUAAGCUUUGGAUUAUAAAAAAAUUUUUUAAAUUGACAGUAUCUGCAUUAUCAAAUUUACCAGUAAAUUAUCAAGUUAUUCACUGUCUAAAAUAAAAUGUUUGUGUACAACUAUAUAAUUAAGAAGUAUUAGUCCAUUGACCAGUGAAUCUCUGAAAUUAGAGAACAUUUUUUAAAAGUCCAUAGCCUUAUGAAAAUGAACUAUUAUUUUGGAUAGUUUUUGCAGUAGUAAUAGCUAUCCAUCAUUAGGGAACCAAAGAGCAACUCCUUUAAAUGCAUGAUGUAUUAAGUAAAUAUGCAUUUUCUUGUAUAAAUAAUGGAUUGUAAUCUUCAGGCCAAAUUCUAGCUACAUUAUUAUGUAGUGGAUUUCCCUGGGCAUAAGAAAGAUCAGAAUUUAUCCACUAGUAUUUUAAGGAUAUAACUGGCCAUAUACUUCCACUUGUGUGGACGUCUGUGGAAUCAUUGUUGAAUUGUGCAACUAAAGCAGAUGAACAAACCAUAAACUGUAUUCAAUGGCUAUAGUUAAGUUUAAGUGAUAAUAUAGAAAUGUAUUUGCCUAUGUAGAGAGCAGGUGACUUUUUGUAACCACGCUAAAAAAGGACAGUACACUAGGUAAAUUCCAGUUUAUGCCUUUUCCUGGAGUAUGGCCUUUUUAACCAAAGAAAUCAACAAUAAGGUAACAAAGUUCAACUUGAACCUUCACCACAAGCUUGGCUGCUCCUCAGUUUCCUGACCUAGGGCUGUCUGGAUUUACCAUAACUUGGAUCCCGUUUCUCUUCCCCCUUCCCUUUCCCCUUCUCCCCCGAGCAAUUCCUAUCUCCUUAAUAACCAGGUUGGACAUCAGCAAAUUCUUAAUCUUUUUCCAUUAGGAACAUCACCUGUGGAUAACUAUUAUCAUUUCUGUUUUCAUAGUGAUUGGGGACCCAGUCAUAAACCAAGACCCCAGAUUACAGCAUUUGCCUGUGCUUAUUUGAUUAUAUAGGCAAAUACUGUCAUCUUAUCACAAUACCAUUACAAUGUCUAUAGAAUGUAUAAUGAGAAUGUUAAUUGAACAUCAGCUAUUGCUUAGCCUCUGGAAUCCUCAAGUUGAAAAAGAUGGUAUUUUACACUUAGAUGAAAACAAAUUACCUUUUGGUUCUAAAGAUGCCUGAAAUGAGUAAAUCAAACAAAAAAAACAUUUUCCAAAAUAACAUGAAACUUUAUACCAUCUGUUGUCUUAAGUCAUCUGACUUGUAUAUAUGGUCGCUGAAAUUUUAGUGCCAGUAUGUAUCACUUCUUAUUGUUUCUAUCAGCUUUUUUUCUGAUCUCUAGACUCUCAUGAUAAUCUUUUAGGCCUGGGUUUUGCUCCAGAAUCUGUUGUUCACACAGAUCCCUCUACCCAAGUGGAGACCAAUGGGAUUAUCAAUUUUUGUAUCCAGUGAGUUAUUUCUCUCCCUCUUUCUCUCAUGUUCAUGUGCAUAUCCAUGGGAUUAAUUCAGUUUCCAAGUUCUUAGUUUUUACAAUACUUGUCUAUAUAAUGCAUAGUUCUGGAGAAGCACAGCACUUUAUUAGAAUCAAGAUAUAAAUGGUGAAAUCCUGGCCCCCUCGAAGUUAGUGGUCAAACACUGAGUUCACCGAGGCCAAUAUUUCACACCAAAAUAUUAUUCUUUUAAAUUAUUAAAUUAGUCCCACCCAUAUUUUUCCAUUGUUAUAUAUUUGGGCCAGCACUAAAUUGUCAGUGAAACAUUUGAAGAUAAAUGGGAGUAAUACAUAAAAGUUAAGCUACCUUAUUUUGCUUGAAGAACCAAAUAUACAGUUAAUCAAAACAAUUGAGUUGAUCCCUUAGAUAUUGUCACUUCUUUUUUGAACUUCACUUUCUCCUUUGCUGUUGUCACUUGUUUUCUCAUUCAUAUUUCCUGUUCUAGUUUGAGACUUCUCUUCAUAAUUAUCAUGGGAAUAUAAUUAUUGCAGCUGUACACCCUUUUAAUUUGUCAUAUUUUUUUCUUACUUGCCAUCACUGACAAGCCACAAACACUACCUCGCACAGAAGAAGACUAGAAAAAGGAAAGAGCAUUGUUCGUUGUAGUGAUUUGGAAUUAGGUGUUGUGUUCUGCCUUUAGGCAGUAAGUAGAACUUCGGAGUGGAAAUACGCGUAAAUCAACAAAUACAAUAAAAGUGAAGAAGAUUUUUGAAAAUAACCCAUUUUAAAUGUGGGGUUUAAAUAAUUUAAAAAAUGUUGGAAUAUAUAGUUUCAUUUUUACUUAUGUGCCUCUAAAGUUGGAUAUUGCAAGGAAGAACUUCCAAUAAAAGAUUUUAUUUAAGGACAACAAAACCAUUUUCCAUGUUGAACUAUUAUUUCCAAAACUAUUACUGCGGCUCAGGGGAGACGGAACAUUAUCUUUCUGGAUGUCGUUAUAAUGCAAAGCUUGGAGCAACACUUCAGCCUUGAUGGGGUAAUGAGCACAAGUACCAUAUCUUCAAUCCCAUCGAGAAGUGAGCCCACUCUUCCAAUACAUUUUAUCUUUUAUCGUUAGAUUUUAUCAUUUGAUUUUUAAUGCCAGUUUUCCCUAAUUUCAUACCAGAGUAUAAACCAAUAAGCAACUAUUCAUGUUUGUGUUUUUCCCAGAUGUCUUCUCUUCAGCUUAUGUGCAAAACAAAGCUAUUCUGCAAAAAACAUGGCUGAAAUGAGUAGCAUUCCAACUUCUAAGAUCCAUAAUCAGAUAACUUCAACUAAGUCAGAGGAACAAUAAACAACAGCAAAUUAAACAGUAGAUAGAAACUUCUCAAAACUCUUUGAAUCUUAAUUCACACAAAUUCAAUGUAAACUGCUUUUAACAAAAGAACAAAUAGAUUUGUGCCUUUCUUCAGACUUGCUUUGAUUCAGUAAUUGUCAAUACAAACAUAAAUUCUGGUAUUUCAUUCCACAUUAGAUUCUCUGCUAAUCAUUACAGAGGAUUAAGAAAUAAAACGUUUUGAUAUACUAGGAAAAUUUAAUUAUUAUAGAAACAUAAAGCAAUAUACAAAUUCAUCAUUGCUGUAAAAAUUAGCUGUUCUGAGUACAGAUGAACUCAUUUUCUCCGGUACCGGGGACACUUACCUUUAAAACACACAUACAAGCAUCAUGAUAACCUUAACUUAUUUUAAUAAUGAGCAAAGCUGUAACAUUCUGACCACUGAUGAUAAGCAAUAUAGCCAGGAGAAAUCAUUUGUACUUGCAAGAAGCUAACACAUUCAAUACGUGUGUCUGGGAUAUUUUAUUUGCAUCACGUUUUCACAUUUUAUUCUUUAUUCUUUAUAAAUCUUCUUCUCCCAUCUUCUGGGUCUGUCAGGGACACCAAAUUAUUUUAAUUUAUAAUUUGGUGCCAUCUGUUUUCUGGACAUUUUAAAUGAAAAACGUUUUCAAACUUAUGUGCAUACCACCAUUUACCAGCUCAAAAAAGGAGCAAAUGAAAAAUGGGUCAUAGAACUGUAGUCUGCUCUAAGUGCAAAAAUUAAGAGCUUGGAAAACCAGUAAGGAAAAAGUACCCUGCGUCAUGCUCUUGCUCUCUGUGGGAGAGGGAGCUGAGGCUUAACUGUUAAGAAAAUGAAAGUAAAAGGAAAGCCCUGUAAUACAUGAUGAAUGUUGCGGAGUGCCUAGCUGUCAUCCAUUGGGUGUCUUUUUUCUUGAAUGUCAGUGAAUUUGAAGGGGUGGCCAGUAUUAUAGACUAAGAUCCAAAUCAACACCUUUAAGGACAGACAGGUGUGGAUACAGUUUUUGGAGAGGGAGGCAGCAGAGAGAGGUACAUUCUAGCUGGGAAACAUGGAUAGUGUGUGAUAGGUGAGGUGGCAUUUUUUUAAUCUGUCCCUUUUUGUUUACUAGGUAGAAGUCUAGUAACAUGCAAACAGGGUCCGUAGAGACCUGCUAUGGAAUUCCUUCUCUCAUUGUUAGAGAUGUAAGGUAAUGGCUCUGGAUCUGAAAUUGAGAGAAAAAAAUUAGGUCCAAGGUUUGGUUUAAAUCCGUAUCCAUCCAACAUGUACCUAGUUUAAAAAGGGAUCCGUUUUCAUAAUUGUUUUUGCUGUUUUAUCAGUGAGGAAUGCCACAACUGGACAUUGUUUAUAGCCAAGGAUAUUGUAUUGGAAAAUGUCCUGGUGCAAACAAACUGCAUUAGAUCCAUACACCAGUGGUUUAAAUUGAAUCGACAGAAAGGGACAAUAUAUAAAAUAGUCCAAAAGAAAAUCCUUGUUUUCUGGUUUUCUACUUUGUACUCCAGGAGGUGCCAAGGUGUUUGGAGGAAGCAUGAUGCUAGCUUGUCUGGGAGACAGUUGCUGCUCCCAUGAAUCCCAAGCUUCUCUGCCUCCUUUGUUACUAUUUCUCCCUCUUUACACAUUGGCUACAGCAACUGGGACCUGUCUUUCCAUCAUGAAUAUUUCUUACAGCUGAGCCGAAGUAGGGCCAGUUGUGCCUCCUGAAGGCAGAUUGGUUUUGUAGACAAACAAUUCUUUCAGGCUUGUCUACACUGC